GCCUCUUCUUCGCCAUGAAGCUCCUGCUUGCGUCUCUGUCAAUCGCUGCUGUCUGUUCUGCUGUCCAUGGUUAUACUUAUGGACUCGGAAAAAGCUGGGUUAUCGGCCAAGGCUCGACGUCCAGCAUCUCAAAAGUCACCACGACAUUCAAUCCCGGCACCCCGCCUUCAGACCAAGCUGGCGAGUUGAUCCUGUAUCCAGCAAUGUCUAAUGGAACUGGUGAUAUUCUGAUGACGUCAGUCGAAUCAUGGUCCGACCAAUCCUGGUGUGGAGCUACACUGGGUCAAUGGUGCAUACGUCCCCAGGUGUUCAGUGACCGUCAAUCGAACUUCGGCCCAUUUGUCCCCCUCGAUGCGAACACGCCAGUCACCUUUGUUUUUGAGCGCAACGCUGACAAGUCCGGUUGGACACAGAGUUCCAUAAUCAAUGGCGAGACCGUCACUCAGAUUUCAUGGUCUUCUGGACCCAUGACGAUGUUCGGUGUGACCACGGAGUGCGACGAUUUCUGCGCUAUGACUAUCUCACAGCAAACUUAUACAAAUACCGUCAUCGAGCUUGAAGAGGCCGAUUCGUCUUGGAACUCCACCGCGGUCGUUGGGUCACAGGUCUAUGGCGACGGUACAGACAAUGUCACAGGACAGAAACCAACCGCGGUUACCGGAAUGUCUAUCAGCGAAGGCGGAAGAGUCUGGUCUGUUGAUCAGAUUAUGAUUCCACCACUCAACUAGGCGGCCCGGGGGGAACUUUAUAUUUGUUUUGCAGAGCUGGAAUCUGGUCUUGGUGAUUCAAGUGACUUGUAUGAUUCAUUCACUGUGAAGAUGUACUGAUUGUGAUUGAGAGAAACGCCUGAUGUAAAUGUAGACCUGGAACUUAGUUGUCUUUGACAUGUGUGACCGUCCCGGCAAUGAUCUCGAAGCCAGCUUUCUGUAUAUUCCGC